UUUCCAUGCAAUUUCCUCAACAUCUUGCUCAAAAUGCCAACAGAUUGAAGCUUUUUUGCUCUUUGCAGGGUUUUCAGCUAGCUCUGCUGCUCCCGAUGCAAGAUCUCGUGCGAGAACGGAGGAAAAUGAUGGAUUCUAGAGAUCUCUAGUGUUUUGGCAAGUUUCAUGUUGGGAUAAUCGAGAAAAUCCAAGCUCUUGGAGGUUUCCUUUUGAGAUAUGCUGAACAGCAGCGGCAUUGCUAGAAAAUCGAAGCUUUGUAUGAGAUUAUAGGGUUUCUGUUGAAAGUCCUAAUUCAGGUUGGCAUUCCUGCCUUAUCUGCCAUAAAAGCUCAAAGCUUCAAUGCUUCUGCUGUCCAAACUCAGUUUGCCAGCAUGUACAAGAGCCGCUAUGGUUGUGCAUGUUAAAAGUAAAAAAGGCUUCUGCACUAAUUGCUUAAGACUGGCUCUACUGAUAGAAGAAAACCUGGAUGUCGAUUCCGAUGGGGGUAAAGUGGAUUUUAAUGACACAGAGGCGUGAAUUUUUGUUUAAGGAAUACUGGGAUUUGAUAAAGCAGCAUGAAGGCUUAUCAGUGCAAGAUCUUCAUACUGCAGAUGCCCUAUUGAAGAAGGGCAAGAACUAUGGGGAACUCCCUGAAGAUGAAAGGGAUUUAAUCUUUGAUGUUGGUGAAAUGAAACAAAAAAGUGAUGAUGAGUUUCCAUUAAUUGGAAAAUACACAGAAUAAGAUGUUUGGAAUUCCUUUUGAUACGCUUUGAUUGGAAUUCCUUUCUGUUCUUGGAUUUGCAGCUCGUGAUUUCCAUUUUAUCCUCUCAGGCAUAAAGAGGGCUUCCGAGUCUUACAAGACAGGAGAGAUUAGUACAGACAUUGUCCUGAAUGUGUCCAAUCUGAUGAAGGAUAUUCGCAUUUGCAUGGUAUCAGACGAUGACUUCUCCGAGGAAGAAUGUGAGGAUCUACGUUACAGAAUGAAAGAAGGCCAUCUUAAAAGAAUGGAAGACAACUGUUUCUGCUCACACAACUGCCGAGAUCGAAAGGAGCAGAUAAAAGAUCUUAAGCCUCUGAAACAGGGGAUGCCCAAUAAAGUUGAAGAGCGCCCUCGUUCUUCUUCUUUCAUGAUCACUCCCAACGGAUGGUUCGCCACACAAAAAAGGAUAUGCCUGUCCAUGAGCGAUUUUCAUUCAGAGACUUGGAACCCAAUGUGGUCUGUGGCAAGGUAAGGUGAAACUAAGUUUCAGUUAUGUUGCUGGAAUGCUGUUUGUUUGGAUUUUGGUAAUUGGUUUAA